UGUGAUCUCAACUUUCAGUUGGUCGCUGUGGCGCUCAUCAUCAUACACCAUGGUUACAACCGUCGGACCAAAGAGAACGAUGUGGCUCUGCUGAAGCUGCAGGAACCUCUGAUCAUCACCACGUCUGUCAGACCCAUCAACAUCUGGACAAGUCCUCUGCCGCUGUUUAAGCGCUGCACCAUCACCGGCUGGGGCGCCACCCGAGAGAACGGACCUCGAGUCCACAGACUGCAAGAGGUGAAUGUCACCGUGCUGCCCCCCGAUGUCUGUAACCAGUACUACAGUGGCAGGAUCAGGUCCUCCAUGUUCUGUGCUGGGAGGGACAGAGGAGGAGUGGACGCCUGUCAGGGCGACUCUGGCGGUCCUCUGUCCUGCUUCACUGGCAGUAAGUACAAGUUGGCGGGUCUGAUAAGUUGGGGCGUUGGUUGUGGACGAGCGAGACGACCGGGAGUCUACACCAAACUGCAACAACACACCCAGUGGCUGUAUGACAACAUGAGUAUGUUCACAGACGAUCCAACACCUGAGUUUCCACCUGAAACAUGGCCUUCGUUAUUUAUGUUUGUCAUGAUGUCAUGUGACCUGGCGACAGACGACAGGUGCGGGAGGCUGCAGAGCUCCAGCUGUGGUCGUUCUCCGGGCAUCGCCGGUCUCUUGAUGUCACAAGACGGUGAUGUGUCUGUGGAGAACGUGACGGAGUCCUGUCCCUUUUUCUGGCCCUGGCAGGUCAGCCUUCAGUCCAACGGACGCCACUACUGCAGCGGUGUGCUGAUCCACCACCAGUGGGUCAUCACUGCCAAACACUGCAACGUCAGAGCCAAAGACGACGUGGUGGUUCUGGGAAUUCAUGACAUGCGGUUCUUAUCGUCCCAAACCGCCUCAGUGGAUGAGGUCUUCAAUCUGCCGGAUGACGGAAGCUUCCCACCAAAAUCCGACCUGUCUCUGCUCCGCCUCAGCAUCUCUGCCAGAUUUAAUUCAAAUGUGUCUCCAGUCUGUGUCCCUGACGAGGACGAGGAGCUCAAUGACAGCUGGAGUUGCUUCACCACCGGCUGGGGCACAACGAAAGCAACAGGUCACAUUGAUCCUGAUCGUCUCCACCAUGUUGGAUUGACUCUGGUGAACGGGACGUCCUGCAGGGGGCGUUGGGGGGAAGGACUCGUCGCUGACUCUCACAUCUGUGCUGAUCCUGCCGGCUCCGCCUCCUGCAUGGGCGACUCCGGAGCUCCCUUGUACUGUCGGAAGCGCAGUUCCUACUUCCUGUUUGGUGUGGUCACAUGGGGCAGUCGGCGCUGUGACGUAGACAAACCGUCUGUCUUCACCGCAGUGUCAGAUUUUCAUUCUUGGAUCACGAAGGUGACGGACAACUCCUGAAAAUACUGUUUGGCUGGAAACUGUUUGUUGUCCAAUCACGUUCUUCUUUUAACAAACAUUCAGUUUAUCAAGAACAAUCUUCUGACCAAUCAGCUGCUGUGUUGCAGUCAACGUUCUUUGAAUUAAAAGUCACGUCACCCGUU